AUUUUUCCACAAUUUUCCUUUGCACACCUAUUCCUCUGAAAGUGUACACGUUUUUACGGCAAAUUUCACAAAAAUCGAAAUUUGUGCUUUAGUUUAGUCAACUUUCUGUGGAAACAUCUAAAAUAUUAACCAUAUUGCAAAAAUGGCGUUGACUUCACGUUUUUAUAGCGAAAAAUAUCCCGAGGUUGAAGAUGUAGUUAUGGUGAAUGUGUUAUCCAUAGCUGAAAUGGGUGCUUACGUCCAUUUGCUAGAAUAUAACAAUAUAGAAGGCAUGAUUCUGUUGUCAGAGUUGUCUCGUCGUCGAAUCCGUUCCAUUAAUAAAUUGAUUCGCGUUGGCAAAACAGAACCAGUUGUAGUGAUACGUGUAGACAAGGAGAAGGGUUAUAUUGACUUGUCCAAGCGUCGUGUAUCAGCAGAAGAUGUAGAGAAAUGCUCUGAACGUUUCGCGAAAGCAAAAGCGGUGAAUUCGCUACUAAGACACGUAGCUGAUAUUCUAGAAUAUGACUCAAGUGAAAAAUUAGAGGAGCUAUACUUAAAAACUGCUUGGCACUUUGAGAAAAAAUAUAAUAACAAGACCGUUGCGUAUGACAUCUUCAAACAGUCUGUGACAGAUCCAUCUGUAUUCGACGAAUGUGGUUUAGAUGAAAACACUAAAGAAGUACUACUGAACAACAUUAAGCGUAAGCUCGUGUCGCCUACUGUGAAAAUUCGAGCUGAUAUUGAAUGCUCUUGUUAUGGUUAUGAGGGAAUAGACGCUGUUAAAGCUGCAUUAAAGACAGGUCUGGAUUUAAGUACAGAAGAAUUACCUGUACGUAUCAAUUUAAUUGCUCCUCCUUUGUAUGUAAUGACGACAUCUACAACUAAAAAAGCUGAAGGAUUAAAAGCUCUGGAGGUUGCAAUCGAAAAUAUUCGAAAUAAGAUUAUUGAAUCGGAAGGAGAAUUCAAAGUAAUAAUGCCACCGAAACUUGUUACAGCUAUUGAUGAAGCCGAUUUGGCUCGUCGCUUGGAGAGAGCUGAAGCUGAAAAUCAAGAAGUGGGUGGAGACGAUGAUGAGGAUACAGACAGUGACCAAGAGGGCAUGCAAUUCGAUCCAGAAAAGGAAUUCAAUCACAGAGGUGAACGUGCUGCUGGUCAAAAUGAUAAUGAAGAAGACGAUGAGGAAGAGUAGACAGAGAUACAAUUACAGUUAUUUCCAAUUGCGUUUAGACACCACUUGGUUUUUUUUAUCUAAAAAAUAUUCACAAGUUUGUUGGGGGCAGUAUAUAAACGGAAACCAUCAUUCUUUUACAACCAAAAAGGCAAUUUUGAUAAUAAAAUAUAGUUUAUGCAAUUAUUAAAGCGGUUAAAGAAUAUGGAAUAUUUUAUAAAUAAAUCACACAAGAACAAACAAAGGGAAA